CCUGCCCUGCCCUCGUGGCGGUGAGGGGGAAGGAUGCUGCCAAAGCUUGCCUCCUCCCCUCCCCGCGUGGCGCCAAGCUCGUGUGCAUGGCGGCAGCUGCCACCCAUGCACGCACGGCCCUCCCUCCUUAUCCGCCCGCCUCAUUAGACCUCAUCAGACACGGCGAUCGUCACUCCCUGUCUCUCUGCCUCUUCCUUGCUAGACUAGUUUCUCUUGCCGCCCUGCUCUGCUCGGCUCGGCUCGGCCGCCGAGGAGAGGACAAACGUACACCGGCCGGCGACCGAGGAGGGGUGUGGAGAGAUGGAGCGGGUGCUGACCGCGCUGAUGGACCUGGUGGUGCCGCCGGCGAGCAUGGUGAUGCUGGCCUUCGCGUGGCCCACGCUCGCCUUCCUGCGCGCCCUCGAGUGGGCCGUCAAGGCGCUCACCAAGGAGGACAUGCGCGGCAAGGUCGUCCUCGUCACCGGCGCCUCCUCUGCCAUCGGCGAGCAAGUGGCGUACGAGUACGCGCGGCGGGGCGCGAACCUGGUGCUGGUGGCGCGGAGGGAGCACCGUCUGUUCGCGGUCCGGGAGAACGCGCGCGCCCUGGGCGCCGGCCAGGUGCUCGUCGUCGCCGCCGACGUCGUCCGGGAGGACGACUGCGGCCGCCUCGUCGCCGACACCAUCAGCUACUUCGGGCAGCUGGAUCAUCUGGUGAACACGGUGAGCCUGGGCCACGACUUCCUCUUCGAGGAGGCCGGCGACACGGCGGCGUUCCCCCACCUCAUGGACAUCAACUUCUGGGGGAACGUGUACCCGACCUACGCCGCACUGCCGUACCUGCGCCAGAGCCACGGCCGCGUCGUCGUCAACGCCUCCGUCGACACCUGGCUGCCCAUGCCCCGGAUGAGCCUCUACUCCGCGGCGAAGGCGGCCGUGGUCGACUUCUACGAGACGCUGCGGUACGAGGUGAAGGACGAGGUGGGGAUCACGGUCGCCACGCACGGCUGGAUCGGCGGCGAGCCCGGCGCCGGCACCGGCAUCGGCACCAGCAGGUUCGCGCUCGAGGAAGGCGCGGGGGCGGCGGACCAGACGCAGGCGCAGGCGCCGGCGCAGCAGUGGACCAAGGCGGACACGACGCCGCCGCUGCCGGCGCCGGGAGGGCUGGCGGUGGAGGAGUACGCGCGGGCGGUGGUGGACGGCGCGUGCCGCGGGGACGCCCGGGUGCGGCGGCCCGGCUGGUACGACGUGUUCCACGUCUUCCGCGCCUUCGCGCCCGACGUGCUCGGCUGGACGUUCCGCCUGCUGCUGUCGACCGCGCCCGCUCCGUCGACGGUCGCCGGCACUGGGCGCCGUGCGCUUGUCGUUGCCCCUGUGGGCGCGCCGACCGCUGCGCUCCCGGCUCCGCCCGUCCGCCCGCUGAUCGAGUACCCGGCCGCGGUGGCUGGUCGGAGGCCCGCGGCGGCGCAGCUACACAAGCUAGAGUGAGAUGAGAUCACGGAGCCAUUUGUAGUACCGCUGCAUAUGCUAUUUGUGUUCUGUAUCUAUGUCAGUCUGAACUGAUUUUGAUGGCGCUUCAACAAAUAAAUAUGAACUCCGUGUGUAUGACAUGAGAUGACAUGCAUGCUUAAAAGUGGUUCCAUCAUUCUGCCAG